ACAAAAGCAGAAGAAGAAGAAGAAGAAGAAGAAGAAGUGACGUAAUCCACGCACAUGCGCAGAGGAGAUGGUGUUUUCCGGUAGUGACAAUGGUCAUCAAACAAACGUGAAAGGCUUGUUCGCCGCCUGCAUGUGUCGGAACUAGGAAGACUUUGUAAAAUGAGACUUAAAUUGGGAUUUAUCUUGCGUGGUUUCCUUGUCAUUGGGACCUGUUUUGUCGUGGUGCUCCUGUGGUCUUCUCUGACUACCAAUCUAAACAACGAGGACCGCCUUAAAACACAGGAUGAUGGUUCGCUGAACAAAGGAGCCCAAAAUCAAUUUAAACCAGUUUUGCCCUGGCCUCAUGUAGAAGGUGUGGAAGUGGACCUCGACUCCGUCAGACAGAAACAUGGAGAGGGCAACCACAGCCCCAAUCAGCAGGCUAACCAGAAGCAGGUGAUCCAGCAGCAGUAUGCAACUUUCCGGCCAGACUUGCACAAUUACAAUGCCCCAAUCCUCAAAAAAGAUGUUUUGGGUAACUUUGAACCCAAAACACCUGAACCUCCAGGGGUGCCCGACGGUCCAGGAGAAGAAGCCAAGGCCAUUGUCCUUGGUUCAGAAUACAAAGAAGUCAUCCAGGCGUCCAUCAAAGAGUUUGGCUUCAACAUGGUCGCCAGUGACAUGAUAUCACUGGACAGGACCGUCAAAGAUCUACGCCACAAAGAGUGCAAGUACUGGCAUUAUGAUGACCGACUGCUGACAUCCAGUGUGGUGAUUGUCUUCCAUAAUGAAGGAUGGUCGACUUUAAUGAGAACCAUCCACAGUGUCAUCAAGAGAACUCCCAGGAUAUACCUGGCUGAGAUUGUCAUGAUUGACGACUUUAGCAACAAAGUCGAUUUGAAGGAACGUUUGGAGGUGUACAUCAAGCAGUGGAACGGUCUUGUCAAGCUGUACAGAAAUGAGAAGAGAGAGGGUCUUAUCCAGGCACGAAGUAUCGGCGCCAAAAAGGCCACUAAGGGACAGGUGCUAAUCUACCUGGAUGCUCAUUGUGAGGUUGGAAUCAACUGGUAUCCUCCGCUGGUUGCUCCUAUUUCAUUAGACAGGACGGUAUGUACAGUACCUCUCAUAGACUAUAUAGAUGGUAAUGAGUAUAGUAUGGAGCCCCAACACGGUGGCGAUGAAGACGGCCUGGCUAGAGGAGCAUGGGACUGGAGUCUGCUCUGGAAGAGAAUACCACUAAGCCAGAGAGAGAGGGCGGAAAGACAACACACCACGGAACCCUAUAGAACGGUGUGCACUGUCCCACUGAUUGACUCCAUCCAUGGUGAGAAGUACACCAUUGAACCUCAGGGUGGAGGAGAUGAAGACGGCUUUGCUAGAGGAGCCUGGGAUUGGAGCAUGCUGUGGAAAAGAGUUCCUCUGAACAACAAAGAAAAAAGCCAAAGAAAAACUCGUACUGAGCCAUAUAGGUCUCCCGCAAUGGCAGGGGGUCUCUUUGCGAUUGAGCGAGACUUCUUCUUUGAGCUUGGCCUGUAUGAUCCUGGAUUGCAGAUAUGGGGAGGAGAAAAUUUCGAAAUCUCAUUUAAGAUUUGGCAGUGUGGUGGCAAACUGCUCUUUGUUCCGUGCUCUCGUGUUGGUCACAUAUACAGACUUCACGGAUGGCAAGGAAACCCCCCACCUGCACAUGUUGGUUCCUCACCUACGCUGAAGAAUUAUGUUCGUGUGGUGGAGGUAUGGUGGGAUGAAUACAGGGACUACUUCUACGCCAGCCGCCCUGAAACACUAACCCUAGCCUAUGGAGACAUCAGCCAGCUGAAACGCUUCAGGGAAGAACAUCGAUGCAAGAGCUUCAAAUGGUUCAUGGAGGAAAUAGCUUACGACAUCCCACAACACUAUCCCAUGCCUCCAAAAAAUGUGGAAUGGGGAGAGAUUCGGGGCUUUGAGUCGAGCUACUGUAUUGACAGUAUGGGACACACAAAUGGAGGCAAUGUGGAAACAGGACCAUGUCACAGAAUGGGUGGCAAUCAGUUGUUUCGUAUCAACGAGGCCAACCAACUGAUGCAGUAUGACCAGUGUCUGACCCAAGGAAGUGACAACUCGGCUGUCAUCAUCACACAUUGUGACCAGAAGCAGUUCUGUGAGUGGAAGUACUUCAAGGAUCUCCAUCGCUUCAUGCACAUACCUACAGGCAAAUGUUUGGACCGCUCAGACCUCCUUCACAAGGUGUUCAUAUCUGUCUGUGACAACAGUAAAACCACUCAGAGGUGGGAAAUGAACAACAUAGUGGCUGUAUGAAGACUGGUGAGCGUUCUCCUCCUACUUGACAAUAACCGACUUGAAAUAUUUGGCUGGUAUAACUCAUCAAAUUCACGUGAACGAACAAGAAUGAUUAUUUUUUUUACUUUUGGGACCGGCAGCGUUAAUCGAAAAUGGCUACAAGCUGGUCAGGGUGCAGAGAGAAAUAACGAGGUCAUGUGGAUAGGCGUAAAGCUAACAGUGUAAGGAAACGAUAAUAGUUCAUAAGAAUAAAAUAAGCCUUGAAUUUGAUGAAAUAUUUGAACAUGAAAAAGGAAGUUCGGGGUUUUGCUUACUGAUUAAGUGGAAUAUUGAUCAAACUGUGGUAUCCCAAUGUUUGGAAUCCAGAAGGUCCGAUUAAAAACCGAACCGAAUGAAAACUGAAGAGAAAUAAUCCAAAAAUAUUAGUAGUAGAACAACAUUUUAAAGAGUAAUUAUAUUUUGACACACAGAAAACGAUACAAAAAUGCAUAAAUCAAUUCAAUUAUUCAAUUUUACAUUUAUUAAAGACUCUUGCAAAGCCAGCAAUGGCCAGAGAGGAAGCGAGAGCCACCUUUAUACUUGUUUCUUGAAAUCACUGGUGGUUCUCACCUUCUCUAUCAAAGUGUUGACACUCACAACUUUCUUUGGCCCAUGGUGGCUUGUUUUUACAGUGAGUUGCACUGAAUCACCGACACGUAGGAUUCUUUGUUUGAGCACUUAGUUCUGCAGAAUGACAAGCGGGUAAAUGGUUUGUUGCGUACACUGUUUAGCGAUACGAUAACCGAGAUAGUAUACGUGCAAAACUUUUGGAGGAUAUCUUACGAACAACAAGUUAUCACUGAAUAUGAUACAUAAUGAUAUUCUCAGCUUUAAAGUGGUAGCUGACGUGAGAGAUGGCACAUACAUUCAAUUCUAGUUUCGUGGCGUUGUGAUUUUGAAAUGACGUCACAAGUUUACGAAUUAAAAGAUUACUAGUUUUGAUAAAGUACACUUGAAAUGCUGUUUGGAGGUACCAGAGUAUCUUCUUUAAAUAUGCUCAAAAUAAUAGAAACAUUGUACAUAAUUUAUAUUUUCUCCUCCAGUGGGCAAAUAGGGUCCAAAAGGUUAGAAUAUAUUUUUUACUCCACACUGUAUGCAUGCAGACUGUUUUGUAAUGCGGGAAAUGCGUCUUAUGUUCGGGUCAAAAGAGUAAAUCGAUGCAACUUGAUUGGUGUAUAGUUUUCAGAGUUUUUUUGUUGUUUGCGUGGCAAAUGCCAAAAAAUAGUCAUCCGAUUUUCAGUGAUAGUCCUCCUGUACUGGUCCUACUGUAUGUUAACAAUGGUGACAUCAAAUACGAAGUAGUUAUUUACAAAAUGUCGCGUGUAAUGCUAAAGAAUUGACGUUGAGAUAAAUAACUUUCUAGCAAACAUCAGCACUCCAUCGUACCAAUGAAUGUAAAAACAGUCAUUUUAAUACAAUAUUAUUCAUAUAUGAUACAAUAUUAUGAUUUAAUGUAUUUGACCAUGUUGUGCAUACUGUAUGUGCAAAUGACAAAGGGUACAUAUUUCAAGGGGGCUGGCAAAUGAUACUAAGUAGAAAAAUCCGAAAUCAAUAAAGGACAACAAUUGCUUGUGUGCGGGUGUGUUUUGAGUGUUAGUUAUUUUGGGGUGUAGGAUAAUGACUUUCUAACAAUAUUGCAAAUGCAUUGUAUUUAAAAUCCUUGAAUUGUAUUGUAAAUAUCUAAUUUAUAACAGCAAAUGAAAUUAAAGACUUGUACCUGG